AUGGCUUCUUCCUCCUACCCUCCUUCCCUCACAACAUCCCCUCUCUACGUCGCUCGAAAAGCCAAAGAGAUCCUCGCAACACAUGACGUCACAGAAAUCACCAAACUCGUCACGACUCUCGGUUUCGCGAAAGAAACAGAGGACCAAUCUUCGGAUCUUCUCUACAAAUCCUUCAAAAAACAUUUCCCGAAUCUCUUAGCCGUGAAACUCCUCCAAGUUUACAGAUUCCCGGAGUCGAAGACGAUGGUUCGAUCCCAUUCCCUCUCGCUCCUCGACUCACUUCUCAUCGAUCUCGAAGAUUCAAGAAUCAGAUUGAAAACAGAGGCGUUGCAUGACAUCAAAGAACUUCUCAACUCUUGCCUUGUCCAACAAGAAAUCUCCGAUCUUGAUUCCAAACCCCUCUCGAGAAUCAUAUCUUGUGUCGAGAAGCUUUGA